UACCCGCAUGGAAAAGAGAUCAGGAGAUUUCAAUUUUCCAGACUAACAAUAAUAAACACCGCCCUUAGCCAUCAUCCUGGCAUCUCACUGAUCCGCGACCCAGCUGACCCUGUCCUUCCCCGCACUUAGCCCAGCAGAGCCAUAAUCUGCACUCGUACCCCUCCUCGCCCUCCUGUCACAACGCCACACUCCUCGACGCGUCUCUCACUUGCCUGUUCGAUUCGCAAGAAAGACGAAAGUCGUGUAAACUGAUUCAGGUGGGGGGAGAAGUGGGCAAAUGAUAGGACAGCAGAAAAGCUCUUCCUUUGUUGCAUGGCCACCCGAGGCCUGGUUUAAAUGAUUGUGACCAAUAGGAGUAGGAGUUGCGGGACCUGGGUAGGUACGUCACUGAGGCAAGUGGGUUGGCCUUGCCUUGCCUUGCCUUGUCUGUAUUGCCUGAUCGGAUCGGAUCGAAAUUAAAAGUUCAUUAAAGCUUCCUUGUGGGCUGGGAAUUCUUUUCUUCCUUCCAUUCCUUCUCUCUUCACUCUUUCGUCUUCGACAUCCGCAUUCACUGAAGCGAAGUGACUUUUGACAUCGUUGAACCUUGACUCCCGCAUCACAGCCUCGUCUGUAAAAUUCUAGCACGUCCAGCUUCUCAACCACCAAACACCAUCCACCAACAUGGCUGGUUUCUCUCAAGCAAACCCAUUCGCCAAGCGCGAGUCUCACAAUGUUCAGGCAAUUUGGACAUACAAGGUCUUGACAAUCAUCACUUGGCUCCUCGUAGUUAUCACCACCGUCAACUAUACCUUCGCCCAACCAUACGAUGACAAGAAGCAUUGGAGAAAUACUAUAUGGGGCCAGAACAAGGCUUACCCAACGCCGUUCGCCUUGAAUGCUUUGAUGGGCUCGUUGUACUGGCUCGCUCUUUUCUUGUCUCAAAUUGGCUACAUGUGGCACCUCUUUUCCAAGAACGGUGACCAUGUCCAAGCUGCUGCUGGAGUAGGAAGCCACUUCAUCUUCAACAACCUCCUCCAAUUCGGCUGGAUCAUGCUCUUCGUCCGGGGCCACUUCUUCUGGUCCGAAGUCAUCCUAGUCGUUAACUUCUUCAACCUCUCCUCCCUCUACUUCCGCCACAACACAUACGCCCGAGCAAUCCAUAUCCCAGCUGUCUCGGGACCAUUGGCUUGGAACUUCGUUGCGCUUUACUGGAACGGAGCUAUUGCUGUUAAUGCGCAUACAUUACCUGCUCGUAUUUUGGCCAAUAUUGCCAUUUGGGGUAUUCUGGUUUAUGGAUUGUUCUUCUUGAUUAUCUUCAAGGACUACACCAUGGGAUUUGCUCUCAGCUACCUCACCGCUGCUCUCGGAGUUGGCCAAUUCUUCACCAAGACCAUUGCUUUCCAGUGGAUCUUCGCAUUCACCAUCAUGGCUACCCUUUUCGUUGCCACCCUCGUCAUUGCCAUCCCAGGCAUUUUUGGCAAGGAGAUCAGCCUCCGAAGAGAUCAAAAUGUCGUUUCGGCUGAUCAGGAGAGAGCUCCUCUGCUGGACGACAACUAAGUCACACUGACAUGGACGGUAGAGAAGAUUGAGAGGAUGAUGAUAUGACGGCGAAUCGCGUCUGGAGGUUACUUUUAUGGUCGAGGUCUUCGAUACCUCUGUUUUAUGCAUCGAGCAAUGUGUGGAUCAGGCGUGCUUCUCCGAUUGGUGACCAUGCGAGAUGUUGAUGAUGAAUCGGAGGAAAUGGUACUUUCAAGUCUGUAUUUUGGCAUGGC